GUGGUGGCAAAAUCACUCCUAAACAAAAGUGCAAAAAUAUCUCAAUAAAAAAAAUCCUAAAUAAACAAAAGUGAAAGAACAAAGUGAGAAUAAAAAAUAAGUGAAAGCCAAAAAAAGAGAAAAAUGAUGCUAAACCCAUGGCGCCGCGCUAGGGAGCAAGUUGAGUAGUUGUAGUAGUAAAUACUAAAAAGGGUUUAGUAGAAGGUAGACUUGCUCUAUGCUUUCCUGCCCGUCCCACAAAAAACACUGCCAAAAUCCUUGAACAACCGCCAACUUUUCCAGGGUUUUGAACAUUCAAUGAUAACUAAAUCCGAAAAGUGUAAACCCUAACAAAUAGUUUUUGUUUUUUGGGGAAAAGUCUCUAUCUUUUUGACAUUGCUCUUGUUUUUCAAGAGUUGCACCGGAUUGGAUUAACCAAAGAAAUAUCUUACCAACUAUCUUAAUCUUUCUCAAAUGAUCCAAAAAUCUCCCUCUCAGAAUAAUAAGCAGUUGGUUUUUGGAGAUGUAUAUGGAGUGGUUAUGCUCCCUGAAAAAAAGGGGAUUAAUAAAGAACAGAACUUGGAUCUUAAAUUACAACUUCCUGAUAUUAGCAUACCAUUCAAGGAGUUUCUUAAAAAAAGAGAAGUAGGCGAGUUUCUCAGUGGUGCUCUGGCAGGGGCAAUGACCAAGGCUGUUUUGGCACCUCUUGAAACUAUCAGGACAAGAAUGGUUGUUGGCGUUGGCUCCAAAAGUAUACCCGGAAAUUUCCUAGAGGUCAUUAAUCAGCAGGGUUGGCAAGGUCUCUGGGCCGGAAAUACUAUUAAUAUGCUGCGAAUAAUCCCUACUCAGGCAAUCGAACUUGGAACAUUUGAGUGGGUCAAGCGAACAAUGACAUUAAGCCAAGAAAAAUGGCAUCGUCAUGGAGAUCCCAAAAUUCAAUUUGGCGACAUUACUUUAAGCCUUCCUCUCUCGUGGCUGUCCCCGGUGGGUUUGGCAGGUGCUGCAGCUGGAAUCGCUGGCACACUUGCCUGUCAUCCUCUUGAAGUAGUUAAGGAUCGAUUGACCAUCAGACCUCAGGAUUACCCGAAUUUAACGGUUGCACUUGGUAAAAUUUACAAAGAUGGUGGUGUUCAAGCCUUGUAUUCUGGCAUUGCUCCAACUCUUGUCGGGAUGCUCCCAUAUAGUACAUGCUAUUAUUUUAUGUACGACAAAUUGAAGACGUCUUACUGUGGUGCACAUAAGAAGAAGAAACUGAACCGAGCAGAAUUGCUUUUAAUCGGAGCUAUUUCAGGUCUUACCGCAAGCACGAUUAGCUUCCCGCUUGAGGUAGCUAGGAAAAGAUUGAUGGUAGGAGCAUUGCAAGGAAAAUGCCCGCCAAACAUGGCUGCAGCGCUUGCAGAAGUAGUCCGUGAAGAAGGCGUAAUGGGGCUGUAUAGAGGUUGGGGCGCCAGCACUUUUAAAGUGAUGCCAAACUCGGGCAUUACCUGGAUGUUUUAUGAAGCCUGGAAAGAUAUUCUUCUUGUUGAAAAACGCCAUUUUUAAACGACAUGAAAUCUUUCGUCCCCUUCUUUAUAAUGGGACGACAUUUAACAUACCACUAUGCUGGCUGGUUUAUAACAGAUUUUUGCUAUUGCGCUUCCAAAUACAGCCAUAAUGUUUGGCUGUGCAACAUUAGAGAAGAAUUAAGAUGAGAAUCAUGGGUUAGCUUAGUGGUUGAAAGCUGUUUCUUUUAUUCUCGUGACAUGAGUUUGAGAAGGUUUAAUUCUUUUUUAUUCUGCAUGUAGGAAUUUUCUAGCUCAACUUUAAAUAAAAAAAAAAGAAAUUAUUAGCAAAAGUAGAUGUAUUGAUGUUCAUUAAGAAUCGUAGUAGACUGAUAAUACAAUUUUGUUUCAUA